UGCAGCUGGGUUUAUGGUUGGUGCAUCACUUUGAUGCUAACACAUGCUCUUUAAACAUUCCAGAUUCUGAACCUUUUUGUAUCACUGAAGAGCAUGUGCAUCAAGUACUUGGGCUGCCAAUGGGUGGCAUAGAAAUUGACAAAAAUAAUUUUUCCAGAGAUAAGAAAGUGAUUCAGAAAUGGAAGAAGCAAUUCAAAAGCAACUCACUCUCUAUCAAAAUAGGGGAGCUGAAAGAGUUUCUGAAAGAGCAUAACUCAGCUGGUCUUAUGUUCAAAAGGAACUUUGUAGUGCUAUGCGUUUCUACAUUGAUGGAUGGUAAACUUUUUAUUUUUAUUUUGCUUAUUUUUAGUUAUAGUUAGCACUUAGCAGUUGUGUGCUAUAUAUAGCAAUUAUAUUAUCUAAGUUGUUGGUCAUAUAUGUAUAGAAUCAGUUACUUGAAUCUAUACAUCAUUAGAUAGAGACUAUUGACACUUUCAGAAUAAGAUAUAUAUAUAUGUAUUUAUCUUUUGUUCUAUUUAUUUAUAUUUUGAUGGAUUAUUGUUGUUAGUCAAUGAUGAGAUGGGUGAAAAAAUUUGGAAUAGGAUUUGGUACAUACUUCAUAUUAACAUACUUGUCAAAAAAUUUCAAGUUAUAUUAUAAAUUAGUUAUAUCAUCAGGAAAAGGUGGAGAGUCAACAUCAUGGUUUAAAUUUUAUAGGAGUUUGCUAAUUUUCAAUUUUGUUUGCUUAUUUAUAUUAUAUUUUGUUCAUUUAAAUUUCCUUUUGCUCAUUUUUCUUUUGUUUUGCUCAUUUUUUUUUCAGGGAAACAAAAUGUGAAUAUCAAUUAUGAUAUUCUCACAUUUCUUUCUGAUGUUGAUAAAAUAAAGGACUUGAAUUGGUGCAAGUAUAUCCUUGAUUCACUUGUGAAGGCCAAGCUUUUCUGGGAAGAACGUCAAACUCGUUCUUUUCCUGGAUCUUUACUGUUUCUUAUGCUUUUAUACGUUGAUCAGUUUGUCAUUGAGGAAGUUAAAGCCAAACGAGAAACUCCAGUUCUCAAAGGUUGGACAACCAAUAUGUUGUCAAGUUGUGAGAAAUUGGAAAUUUUUAAGGGGAGGCUUGGAGUUUUUUAUAAAAACCAGAAGCUUGUUGGUCCUUCUGGCAGCAAACAACCAAAACUGGAACAAUCUGAUCCAAUUCAUACAAAAAAUGAAGAAAUUGAACAAGAUCCGAAGAAGAAAUGCCUUAUGGAGCUUGCAACAGCAUCUACAAAUCUAGUCUUGGCAUACAUGGAUUUCAGUGAAAAACAUGAAACUGUUGUUAAGUAUUUUCCAAACAAUGAGAAGAUUCAAAAGCUGAAGGAAGAUGCAAUGACUGUUUGUGAUGAGCAGAAGAUGAGCUCUAAAGCUUUGACUGAAGAUAUUCCUCUCUCAUUUAGCCAAGAUGAACAGUAUUGGCAAGAUCCAGCUGUAAUUGAAGCUUGGGAUAGGUUUUCGAAGAUUUCAGGCAAUGACAACAAGUGGUAUACCUGA